AUGUCAACCUGCUCAUCCUCAAAAAACAUCCGAACUAACACUUCGUCUCUGUUUGAGGCGACUCUCAUCAAUGCCAGUACGUCAGUUCGGUCAGUGUGGAGAUUCUCUUCCGCCGUAUCAGUACCUUCAACUCGUCUCAUCUUGUCUCGACCAGCAUUUGUGCGGUUGACUAGCACGAAAAUCACCAGAAAUAGCUUCAAUACCCAGCUCUGCGAGACGAGACGUGCGACCCGUCUCGACAAGAAGCAGAAGCGUGGAGUCUCCGUUGGCAGGGCUCGGUGCUGGUAUUGCGCCGUGAUUCGGUACGUGCACCGCUCACUUGGGGGUGUGAGGAAGCGUGGUUGUGGGGACAAAUACUUUUCUAUCGUAGUGUUGGCGGGAAAUACUGUGAUUGAUGAUAGCCUUGAAAUGAAGGCGCAUGCAAUUCAGUUUGAAGAGGCGGAUCGAUUGAAAGUCUGCGCUGCAAAGCAAGAUCAAGUAUUGGUCGAGCCUGAAAACGUUAUUUGGGCGUGA